UAGCAUUCCUGGCUGGGAACCAUUCGUGAAGUGUGACACAUCUGUUUAUGCUCACAAUACUCAGGAGCUGUCCAGCAGGCAGACCUCCUGAAUCCAGCACAAUGUGAGAGGCCAUGAGAGCAGUAGGGGCAUCUGGACCACACACAGCACAGAGAUGGAGGAUGAUCUGUUCCAGCUAAGACAUCUUCCUGUUGUCAAAUUCCGUCGAACUGGAGAAAGUGCCAGAUCAGAAGAAGACAACAUCUCUGGGGAGCAUGAGAUUCAAAUUGGACCUGUCCACACAGACUUGGAAGCAGUGGAGCUGGAAGAUGGAACCAUAGUACCAAAAGAAUUUGCCAACCCUACUGAUGACACAUUUAUGGUGGAAGAUGCAGUGGAAGCAAUUGGAUUUGGGAAAUUUCAAUGGAAGCUGUCAGUUCUUACUGGACUGGCCUGGAUGGCAGAUGCAAUGGAGAUGAUGAUCCUAAGCAUCCUGGCUCCACAGCUCCACUGUGAAUGGAGAUUACCCAGUUGGCAGGUUGCUUUGCUAACAUCGGUUGUGUUUAUUGGGAUGAUGUCCAGCUCAUCUCUUUGGGGAAAUCUUUCAGAUCAGUAUGGUAGGAAAACUGGUCUGAAGAUCAGUGUAUUUUGGACAUUGUAUUAUGGAAUCCUUAGUGCAUUUGCACCUGUCUAUAGCUGGAUUCUUGUGCUUAGAGGACUAGUUGGUUUUGGGAUUGGUGGUGUCCCUCAAUCAGUGACACUGUAUGCAGAGUUUCUUCCUAUGAAAGCAAGAGCAAAAUGCAUACUUUUGAUAGAGAUAUUCUGGGCAGUGGGCACAGUGUUUGAAGUUCUACUGGCUAUUUUUGUGAUGCCCACCUUAGGAUGGCGUUGGCUUCUGAUCCUUUCUGCCCUGCCACUAAUGUUGUUUGCAGUUUUGUGUUUUUGGUUACCAGAAAGUGCUAGAUAUGAUGUCCUGUCUGGGAAUCAGGAAAAAGCUCUCGCUACCUUAAAGCGUAUAGCAACAGAGAAUGGUGCUCCAAUGCCUUUAGGGAAACUUAUCUUAUCCAGACAGGAGGAUCGCGGUAAAAUACGGGACCUUUUUUCACCUCAGUUUAGAUGCACAACUCUUUUGCUUUGGUUUAUAUGGUUUUCCAAUGCCUUUUCAUACUAUGGGCUGGUUCUCUUAACAACAGAACUUUUCCAAGCUGGAGAUGUAUGCAGCAUUUCCAGUCGGAGGAAGGCAGUCAAGCCAAAAUGCAGUCUCUCCUGUGAAUAUUUAACUGUGGAAGAUUACAAAGAUUUAUUAUGGACCACACUAUCUGAAUUCCCAGGGGUGUUGGUGACAUUAUGGAUCAUUGACCGACUAGGCCGGAAAAAGACGAUGGCCAUCUGUUUUUUCAUUUUCUCCUUAUGUGCCCUUCUUCUUUUUCUUUGUGUUGGAAGGAAUGUCCUCACCGUUUUACUCUUCAUUGCAAGAGCCUUCAUUUCAGGGGGAUUCCAAGCUGCCUAUGUUUACACUCCAGAGGUUUAUCCAACAGCUACACGAGCACUAGGUCUAGGAACAUGCAGUGGGAUGGCUCGUGUCGGGGCAUUAAUUACACCUUUCAUUGCACAGGUGAUGCUUGAGUCUUCUAUAUAUCUCACAGUGUUAGUAUACAGUGGAUGUUGUUUACUAGCAGCACUGGCUUCUUGUUUCCUUCCCAUUGAAACCAAAGGCCGAGGUCUCCAAGAGUCUAGCCACAGAGAAUGGGGCCAGGAGAUGGUGGGAAGAGGUGCACAAAAUUCUGGGGUCACUCUCUCAAACUCUGGCUCACAAGAGUGACCCCCUCACUUUACCCAUUGCUCACCCCCCACACGGAUAGCCUUUCAGUCUCACAUCUACCAUUACAUGGAUGAAUUGAAGAAUGGACAGCAAUGGUCGAUGUCUUGCGAAAAACAGCACUGCUAUGGUUAUAGGAUAAGGAUCUGUUUAGAGUCUUCUAAAAGGGUUAAAAAUGUGCAGUACUGAUGUUGCAGGGAAAGAAAUGGCCUUGGAUAAUUACCAUUCAUUUAGGAAAACAGUAAAAUAACAAGUUGUAUUUUUAGAUCUAACAACAAUAGCGGUAGUCAGCACUGGUUGUUAACAUGACUCAGAUGUUUCAUGGCUUCUAGAUGAUAAUGUGUUCGAGGCCAACACAUUAGUUGCAGAGUAACCUAGAGGGAGCUGCUGGAUGCUGAACAAAGACUUUUGUAGUUUCUCUUAUUACACUACAUCCUAGGCUUAUUAUCUUGACCUUUAAUGUCAAGGUCAUAAGAUACUAUGGUCCACUUACCUAACUAGACUGAACUCUUAUUUAUGACGUCUCCUAAAUUGAAGGGAAUCUGUUAUCAGUAUCACACACACUAAUCUGUUGGUACAGGGUUAUAGUGCAGGUGACACUGAUGAAAACCAUACUUACCAAUCUUCAGUCUGUGGCUCCAUUCUUAUGUAAUUCCUGGUCUUCUGGAUAUGGUCCUGAGGAGCUUGGAACACAGGGGAUGUUCCCCAGUGACAUCUAGUAUUCUGAAGACCUGUGCAUGCCGUCUCCUUCAUUGUCACACCCCCUCCCCCGUGCAGAGCUUUCUAUGCUGCAGAAUGGAGAAUAGCCAUGGCUAUUGCACAUGCAGGGUAACACCUGCCGUGCUCCAAGCUCCUCAUUACCAUAUCCAGAAGACUGGAACUAGAGAAGAACAGAGCCACG